AUGCCUCAGAUUGAAGAUAGGCCGUCCUUCAUUAUUGAGUCGUGGACACUUUAUGUCUUCGGCACGCUUAUUCUUUUCUCGCGCUUUGCAGUUCGUUUCAAGACUGUUGGAUGGAGGAGCUUACAAGGCGAUGAUUUCUUUUCUGUUCUUGUUCUCAUAUUCUACGCUGUCGAUGCAUUCACCGUACAUCUGAUCUAUUACCUCGGCACCAACAUCGAAGCUGGCGUCGCCGCAAAGACACACACUCUGACGAAAGAUGAGAUCCACGAAUACGAAACGGGUUCUAAACUCGAACUUGCAGCUUGGUACGCAUACACAGCGCUUAUUUGGUCUCUCAAGGGAACAAUGCUAUGCUUCUUUUCGAGAAUGACGAUUGGAACGUGGCAUAAUAUGUUUGUCAAGACUGUGUCGGUCUUGUGUGCUGUGUCUUACCUUGCUGUCUUCCUCACAAUUACGUUUGGAUGUUUUCCUACCCAGAAGAACUGGCAGGUUGUGCCCGAUCCCGGAGAGAAAUGCUCCUUCAAAAUGCAGAACUUUCUUGUAACAACAGUCCUAAACGUCCUCACCGACGCUCUCAUCCUCGGAAUUCCAAUGCCUCUCCUGUGGAAACUCCAAGUCCCCUUCCGCAAAAAACUCGUCAUCGGUCUCCUUCUCUCCUCAGGAGCAUUCGUAAUCGCAGCAGCUAUAACCCGCGUCGUCCUCACCCUCUCCGCAAACCCGUCUGCACUAACAAUUAACGCAUGGGGCGUUCGAGAGACCAUCGUUGGAAUUCUCACCGUCAACAUUCCCAUUCUGAGACCGAUCUUCUCCAAGUCUUUUUGGAACGGUAAUGCUCUGAGUGAGAUUACUUCGUCGUAUCGGACGACGACUCAUGGGACGAGGGGCGGUAAUAGGACGCUUACGCAGGAUAUUUCGGGGCCGUAUGAGCUUACGCCAAGUAUUAAUGAGGGAUUGAAACCGAGUGUCAGGGGGAGUCAGGACUGGAUCGUUUCGAAGACUGUGAGGAUGGCUGAUAUUGUGGUCUCGAAGUCGUACCAGGUCAGUCAUGACAUGAAUACUUAUGAUGGGAGGUCAUGGUAUGGAGACCGAAACGGAGCUUCGAAAGCCUCUGUGCAUGCUGAGUCACCCGUUUAG